CAGCAGAUGCGAGCAGAUCAUCGUCCCCAAACACAGGAGAUUUUACUCGAUCAGCGUAGAAGAGAAAAAUGUCGGGAAGAGGGAAAGGAGGCAAAGGUUUGGGAAAAGGUGGGGCGAAGCGCCAUCGCAAAGUUCUGCGCGACAACAUCCAAGGAAUCACGAAGCCGGCGAUCCGGCGACUUGCUCGGCGCGGUGGGGUUAAGCGUAUCAGCGGUUUGAUCUACGAGGAGACCAGGGGAGUUCUCAAGAUCUUUCUUGAGAAUGUAAUCCGUGAUGCUGUUACCUAUACCGAGCAUGCUCGUCGCAAGACUGUUACUGCUAUGGACGUUGUGUACGCGCUUAAGCGCCAAGGCCGUACUCUUUAUGGCUUUGGUGGUGGAUUGGCUUUUUUGUUCUUAUGGAGCUUCAAUUUGUCUCAGUUUUUGGUUCUAAUUGAUUUAUUAAAUCUUAUAAAUCCAGGAAAGCUGUUUGAAAUGUACGUAGAACAAACUGAGAAGUUCUUCCUCAAUUCAGAAGAAAAGAGGAGAGAAAUGUCUGGAAGAGGGAAGGGAGGCAAGGGCCUUGGAAAGGGUGGGGCGAAGCGCCACCGCAAAGUCCUCCGAGACAACAUCCAAGGCAUCACGAAGCCGGCGAUCCGGCGACUUGCUCGGCGGGGAGGAGUUAAGCGGAUCAGUGGCUUGAUCUACGAGGAGACCCGAGGAGUGCUCAAGAUAUUUCUUGAGAAUGUUAUCCGUGACGCUGUUACCUACACCGAGCACGCUCGCCGGAAGACCGUCACUGCUAUGGACGUGGUUUACGCUCUCAAGCGUCAGGGCCGCACCCUUUAUGGGUUCGGCGGUUAGGUAGCUAGGGUUUGUUUUAUAUGGCUAUUUUAUUUGCGGUUGAUUAUAUAGCUAGUAGGGGUUUCUUUGGGGGUAUGUUUACGUAUCUUUCUGUGACCUUUUAUGGCAUCCUCUGGAUGUGAAUCAUUUAUGUGGAAUUUUAUUUGGCUUCCAA